UACAUGUUGCAAAGUUUGGAACUCUGAAGUGCUACAUUGUUUCAUGUCAUGACGUAGCGGUUUACCGUGGACCCCAGUAGGUUAGCCCUACUCCCUUGUCCAGGCAAACUGGAACGGAUAACAUUGUUCUGACUUCAACUUGCAAGCUAUUAUAUGCAUAGCCUACAGUAACAUUUCAUCAAUACGCAAGCAUAUCCCACUCAGCAGUAGGUACACCCUCCACUGCUGCCACAGUCGAGGGCUCAACGUUUCAGCCCCGCCUCUUCAUGUCUGUUAGUAGUGGGCGGAAGUCUAGCUAGGGACUUUAUUUGAAAAAAUGAGUGAUGUCAAAAAAGCUUCUGCGGUGGAAUUUGUUGAAGGAGUCAGCUACUGCUGUUGCUAGCAAUACGAAAUGAAGGAGAACGUUCAAAAUGAGAUCUUGAGAGGCCGAAGAUGAGACUUGUAAUCUGCAACCCGUACAUCUUCAGGAUUCUGCAGUAAUGGCUUGCACUUCGUCAUAGAUGCGCAUCGUUGAAAGUGAAGAGGCUAUGGCAGAACCGGGUCCUCUGGAUGAACUUUAGCGGGAGUUUUCUCUGAAUGAUGUUGAGGACCUCGCUGGUUUUGACAGCCAUGUGACCUAUGGAUUAAAAAAGGGACAUUUUGAAGUGAAGCGAUGCUUGUGCGCUUGGAUGAGUCUGGCGUGACAUCCUUGUUUAGCGGAUUGUAGGGGAUGGCAUUAAACGUCAAGAUUCAAAGGGCGUUCCUCCAGCUACAUCUAUUUUUUCGGUCUGACAGACUGUUUACCACAACCUGAUAGCAAUUCGUUUAAUCAUUGUUACAAGCUGUCAAGGCUGAGAUCAGUCUUUUGUUUCACACAGUCUACGUCGUGCCCAUUUGACAAUCCACCCAAUCCUUGUCGAGAAUGGCUGGACUGACUCAGGCAGACAAACUGACCACUGCAUCUGCAAGAGGGGAUACAACAGAAGUUGAAGUGAUAUUGCAACAUGGAGCAAACGUUAAUGAAAGGAAUACAAUGAACAGAACAGCCAUACAGGUAAUGAAACUUGGCAACCCCGCCAUUGCAGAAGCACUGCUCCGAGCAAACGCGGAUCCAAAUGUCCCGGACCCUGAUAUGGGAUUGACUGUUGCUCAUGAUGCGUCCAGAGAUGGCUUUUUGGAUACCCUGAAAGUUUUAGUUCAGGGUGGAGCUGAUGUCAAUCUUGUGGAUAAUUCCGGAAACCUGCCGCUGCACCUUGCUGCAAAGGAGGGUCACCAAGACGUUGUCGAGUUUCUCACACCGUGCACAUUGGAUCCCUCCGCGCACAACGCGCAAGGCCAGACCCCUUGCGACCUGGCCAAGAUUCAUAACAAAAGCUCCACCGCACAGUGGCUUGAAAGUCAUGUACUUUCAAAUCAGUAGCCUACUAGCUUAAUCUGGGCUGCCAUAAGAGGGGUAUGUCAGAGGAGUAUUUAGGGAAAGCUAACUACCUCUUUUUAAAGCAGGCAGUCGCAGUUUGGGCACAAGCGGCGUUUUCUUUUAUCUUUUGGUUUCGUUGUAGGUCUUCACUGCAUUUCAGUACAACGCCGUGGAACCUCCUCGGCAUGCCUUCAACGAAUGACUUAAGUGAUUUAGUUGUCUUUUAUUUACCGCAGUAGACUGCACGUUGACAGACAGGCCUACGUGGCUGUGGGAUACAAUCGCAAUGCCAUUGCCACAGACCAACAGAGAAUAGUGAAAAAGAACUCCAGGAAAUGUGAAUAAUGUUACCAAAGACUGUAUUAGGCUACUGAAAUGUGGUUCAGAUGAGGAAAUGCAGUAGGCUGUACUGUGUGUUUUAUUGCACUAACUGAUGUCCUUAAAUUGUGAAUAAAGUAAAAGUAAUAAUG